UAUAUCUGCUUUACAAUUAUCUCAAAUCGACUCUUUCACAUAGAUUGAUGGUCAGAGAUUCUAGAUAUCACCAUGUCCUUCACAACUAAAGUUUUACUCUACGAUACCCUACUGGACAUGACAGAAAAAGAAUUUAUAUCCGCAGCACAUAAUACAGAUCCUGCUUUUAUUUUAUUAUAUUCGUUACCUUGGAAAGAUUUUAUUGACGUAGCUACCUGUGUGAACUGUGCAUCCAAAAGUAUAAUAAUGCCGUGCAAGUUCGGGAUGUUUAACCUGGACAACAAUGCAAAGAUACAGAAACGUUACAACAUUACCCAGAAAAACAGAAUAAUGCUGUUUAAAAACAACAGAAUGUACUUUCUCCCAAUGCAAGAUUUAUCAAUAUCGGCUUUUGAGAGGUUCCUGACAGUCGGUAGCAAAGAGGCAGUGUCGAUGUCUCUGCCAACCAGAUAUAACAUACGGAGCAAUUGCAAGAACAUAUGCGCAGACCUGGUUGGGGUAUGGUGCGACAAAGUUGGGACAUUUGUAGUGGUCAUGGCAUUCGUUGGGAUCAUCUUGAUGGCUUUGUUCAUUUUACUGACCUCAAACAAAAGCAAUGUCAGAGUCACAGCGGGCUAAAGAUCAGAAGAAUAUCUACUGAAAAUGGUAUUAUUUUUACUUUGAAAGUUCAUUUACUGAAAACAGAGAGGAAAGCAAUGAGCAGUGAUAUUUAACUCCGUUCAAAAGGCUUGGGGACGCCGUUUAUACUUUCCAAAAACAAAGACAGAUCAAAACUUGAUAAGAUAUGGAAAUAUACAGGGUUUCCUUCAGAACAUACAGUGAUUAUUUUCCCCCUUGAACAUGUGAAUGAAUGGCUAAAACCAAAUAUUACGUUUGGUUUAAAUACCUACUAUGUAUAUAUUGUAAAUAGACUUCACAACAGAUUAUAGCUAUUCUUGAUUUAUUUAAUAAAGUUGUGUGUUUUAUCUUGUUUGUUUUAACAAUACGUUCGAAUGAAAUGUAAAUUAACCGAGUUAUUUAUAUUUAUCUGUAUUUCUGACUGAAUUGGCAAACGAGACUGAGUUUUAACCGUAAUUCAAGUG